AUGGACGGAGUGGUGGAGAUCACCUGGUUCUGCCCUUCUGGGACACAUGACGAUAAAUUCACCAACCGUGUUGCCUUCUGUAAUCUACACGGUGAUGCAGGAGACCAUGAGAAACAGCUGGAUAUAAUGACUAACAUGGCCUCAGUCAAUGUUGUCAUUUUACCACAGCUCAGCAGGAAUGACAAAAGAAUGACAAAAAUCCAAAACCUCUACAAGGACCCAAAGCCACUGAUUUGCCUUCUUCCUGAGGAUAAAGGAGCUCUCACUGAGCAGAGGAAUGGAAAAUAUAAAAUUGGUUUGAAAGACAGAGGUGACGCAGAGGUGUCUGAAGAUCUCAGAAAAGCUAUCGCAAAUUGUCUCUCAGAAUCUGCUUCCACGUUCAGGCUUGAAGACGUGUCCAAACACUCAGACAUCAGAGUAGAUGAGGAAGAAGAUGAUGACUGCAAGAAAGGAAAGGAGGCAGCACAACAAAUGAUGAGGCUACUAGAGGGAAACGAUCUGACAAGAUUAAAAGAAUCAUUUCUGCCCUGUCAGGGCAAACUGUGGCAUCAGUGGUGUGAGAUGAAUAAAGAGCUAAAUCGACCUCAAGGGGACGACCCAGAAAUGGAAAUUAGUAAACAAAAAGUUGAGAUGAUGAAAAUCCGUGAACAGCAGCAUAAAUAUGACAUCAGUAUGUUUGUAAAUUUAUUCAUGAAACAAAUGAAGUCCCAUUCUGCAACUAAAUUGACUGAAAAAAAACCAAUGUUUUUCCUUAAAUGGCUCAGAAUUCUCCUGGAUGAAUAUACCUCAGCUGAUCUUUCUGAUCUACUUUACAAGUAUAAUAAAACAUGGUCAGACUCAAAACUAAGUAAGAGCAGUAAUAAAACUGUGGAACAAAGAAAACUUAUGGAAUUAUCUAAAGCACUUCAAGAUGCAACCUUUGGCUUGGAGCACAUCAUGAGGGAGAUCGGUCAGAUCUAUGAAUCAUGUUCAUCUGUGAAGAAGAACAAGAAAGACCUGCAGAUUCUCGGAUCUUCUCUCCCGAGUCUCGCAGCAGAGAUGAUGAUCUCUGGGUUUCCACUGGAGCUGAUGGAUGGAGAUGCUGCUCAUGUUCCUCUGGUCUGGAUCUCUGCUGUUCUGGAUCAACUCAACCAGAAACUGGGAGACCGGAGAGUCUUUGUGCUGUCAGUUUUAGGGCUUCAGAGCUCUGGGAAAUCCACCAUGCUCAAUGCCAUGUUUGGACUCCAGUUUGUGGUCAGCGCUGGCAGGUGCACCAGAGGAGCUUUCAUGCAGCUGGUCAAAGUGUCAGACGAGAUGAAAACACAGAUGAACUUUGACUAUAUUCUGGUUGUAGAUACUGAGGGUCUUCGUGCUCCAGAACUGGCUGGAAGAUCAACAAUACACCAUGACAAUGAACUGGCUACAUUUGUUAUUGGGCUUGGAAGUAUGACGCUGAUUAACAUCUUUGGAGAAAACCCAUCUGAGAUGCAGGAUAUUCUCCAGAUUGUGGUUCAAGCCUUCCUGAGGAUGAAGGAGGUCAGACUGAAUCCCAGCUGUGUGUUUGUGCAUCAGAACGUUUCAGACGUCACAGCUGGAGAGAAAAACAUGGAGGGAAGGAGACGACUGCAGGAAAAACUGGAUGAGAUGACAAAACUCGCUGCUGAAGGUGAAGUCUGUGAAGCAGAACGUUUCAGUGAUGUUAUUGCAUUUGAUGUACACAAGGACGUGAUGUAUUUUGCUCAGCUCUGGGAGGGCAGCCCACCCAUGGCACCACCAAACCCUUCAUACUGUGAAAACAUUCAAGACCUUAAGAAAACUAUUCUUUCUCAUGUCUCAAAAUCAAAUGGCAUGAUGCUGACAGACAUAAAAAGUCACAUUAAAAAUCUCUGGGAGGCUUUGCUGAAGGAGCGCUUUGUGUUCAGCUUCAAAAAUGCCCUGGAGAUUGCCACAUACAGGAGAUUGGAAACAGAAUACAGUAAUUGGACCUGGAGUCUUAGGAAGGCCAUGCUGGAAAUUGAAAACAAACUACAGAACCAAAUAGAAAAUGAAGUAAUCAAUGUGGUUGAGGAAACAGAUCUUCAAGGAGAACUAAAUGUAAAAAGUACAGUAGUGAAAAAAUCUAUGACAGAAUUCUUUGAGAAAGACACCAAUGCCAGUAUACUGAUUCAGUGGAAAACAUCUUUUGAAAAAAAAGUCUCCCACAUACAGGAAAACAUUGUUAGGGAAACACAGAAGAAACUGAAUGUGGUGCUUAAGCAGCGAGACCUAAAGAAAAACAUUGACGCUCAGAGGACAAAAAAUGAAAAUGCUCUCCUUGAGAAGGCCAAAAAUCUUGCCUUAACUCUCAAACACAAAGCAAAUGAUGAUCAAAUCUUGCAAAGAGAGUUUGAUUCAUUUUGGAAUCGUUGUGUGAGUGAGAUUACCAAACACACACCUCAAGUCCAAGACAUUGACAUUUUAAAAGACAUGAAUGAGGUUCUUAGCGACAAUGAAAGUUUUUCAGACCUCAAGACAAAAAGCAAAAAGUGCAAUAUUUUAAAAGUGUCAAGCUAUUCAGAGUAUAUACAGCUUUAUAAAGUUGAAAAAGUAUUAAAAUUGUUUGGCUAUCCUAAAGAGUAUGAUGCCCAAAUCAACCAACUAAUUACAGACAUUGUUGAGCAAGUAAAUAAAAUGAUCAUGUCAUAUAACAUAGCAAAGAUGGGCUACAAUAAAACUUACAUCCAAGAACUCACUGGUUUCAUCAGAGCAAAGUUAGUAGAACAUGAGGAAAAAGAAACAACGAAAUAUACGUUCAAGAAACACUUCUUUAGUGAUUUGGUAUUUGCCAUAUUCAAUGAAGAACAAAUGACGUUCGUGAAACAACACAACAUUUUCAGCGAAGCCAAUGACCCUGUUCUCUAUUUUGCAAGAAAAAGAGACGAAUAUUACAGAAUUUUCCAGAAAUACUGUCAGGGAGCAACAUCAGCUACCAUUAUAGGUGAGAUAAUCUGUAACAAACUCAAAGAACCCAUUCAGCAGAGUGUCAACAAAAAAACUGCCCAGGAUUUGGCCGAUGAAAUGAGAUCAAACUGUGAAUCACUGAAUGGAAACAGAUCUAAUCUGGAGAAACACAUCCUGAAGACACUGGCAGAAAAGGAGGAUUUUGAGGCAUUCAUAACCUACAUUCAUAAUCCCAAAGAACACUUCAAGAGAUUCAUCAGAGAUGAAGUCAGUCAGUACAUAAAUGAGAACUUCAACAUCAGUGUUCUGCCCAAGAUGAAAGAUGAUUUAAGACGGAAAGAGAAUCAGAUCAACGAAGCGGUGCAGAGAGCAUCUGAAGAGGUCGAUGAAAACAGUAGAGACGCUGAUUUGUGGUUGGAGAUUUUCACACUGAAUUUAUCAGAUGUGCUGAUUUUCUCUGAAAAGGACCUUAGAGGAGUGAGUCGUGAUGAUGUUGAUGUAAAACUCUUAGCAGAGGUAAUAAGAAAACAACUUCCUUCUAUAAUAUCUGACAUAAGCAAUGAAUUCAGUACAGAAUCUUUUCUACAGAAGCUAGAUAAUAAGGACAAGCCCGAUGAGAUUUUAAAUGAACACUUCUGUACAUGCUGUUGGGUUCAGUGUCCGUUCUGUAGAGCCAUCUGCACUAACACAGCAGAAGACCAUGAUCCACAACCUCACAGUGUUCCUUUCCAUCGACCUGAAGGACUGAAUGGAUGGCAUUAUAGAGGAACACAAACUCUUAUUCCAGAUUUUUGCACAACUCUAGUGACAAGUACUAAGAGAUUUUACCCAACUCAUGAAUCUGAAAAAUCCAUUCCAUAUAAAGAUUACAAAUCAGCAGGCGGGGUUUAUGCUGAAUGGAGCAUCACCCCUGACCUCACCGAGCUGUCGUAUUGGAAGUGGUUUGUCUGCAGAUUUCAGAAAGAACUGGAAAAGUACUACAGGAAAAAAUUUCAGGAUCGGGGUGAGAUCCCAGGUGAAUGGAGAAACCACACAAAACAGGAUGCUAUUGAGAGUUUGGACAAAUACUUCUGA